AAUUUGACAGGUUGGCAGCAUUGGCCGGCAGUAAGAUGGCGUGGUCGCGUUUCGUUGGGAGAGUGAAUACAGGCCGAGAACGUAUGUACGUGAUAUUAUUACGUUAAGCUUGACAUGUAAAUAAUAGACGUGAGUACAAUCGAUUAAAAAAUUGCCGCGUGAUUGUUUGUACUCGUCGUGUCGACCCUCCACCGAGUGUCCGAUGAUAUUCCGGUGAUACGUUUCUGACAGCGUGUCCGCAAUGGCCGAUGAGUCCGCUCCGCUGCCGAAGAGGCGCCAAUUGCGGGAAAGAACGAGGAAACUGUACACCGAUGACUGGACCUUGGGCGACGAGGAAAUCGAGGGACGCAGAACCUUCCAGCUCGACGAGAAGAUCGAGUGCGAGAGAUAUGACCUGAACAAUUUCAGUGGUCUUUUCCGUGAGAUGACUGGACCGGAGCUGAAUCUCGGGUUUCUGCAGAAGAAUGGUCUGCAGAUACCGCUGUUGUUUAAGGAGAAGUCAGGGCUGGGAUUACGAGUACCCAGCUCCAACUUCUCUGUCAAUGAUGUCAGGACCUGUGUCGGUUCUAAGAGAAUACUUGAUGUUAUGGAUGUUAAUACUCAAAAGAAUGAAGAUAUGACGAUGAAGGAAUGGCAGAAGUAUUACGAGGAUUCUAACAAAGAGCGUCUACUGAAUGUGAUUUCCUUAGAGUUUAGUCACACCAAGUUAGAGAAUUAUGUACAGUCACCCGCAUUAGUGCGACAAGUUGAUUGGGUAGAUGUAGUGUGGCCGAGGCAUUUGAAGGAAGCUCAAGUGGAAUCUACAAAUCUUUUAGAAGACAUGAUGUAUCCAAAAGUGCAAAAGUACUGUUUAAUGUCAGUAAAAGGUUGUUACACUGACUUUCAUGUUGAUUUUGGUGGUACGAGUGUAUGGUAUCACAUUCUGCGUGGUGGCAAAAUAUUUUGGCUAAUCCCACCAACUGAGAAAAACUUGACUCUUUAUCAGGAAUGGGUGUUGAGUGGUAAACAGUCUGAUGUUUUUGGUGAUAUGGUAGACAGAUGUGGCAGGAUAAGUUUAACAGCUGGUAUGACGUUAUUUAUACCAACUGGUUGGAUUCACGCAGUAUAUACUCCUCAGGAUUCUUUAGUUUUCGGUGGAAAUUUUCUUCACAGUUUUGGCAUAGAGAAACAAUUGAAAGUAGCGCAAGUGGAAGAGCAUACAAAAGUGCCACAGAAAUUUCGAUAUCCAUUCUUUACAGAAAUGUUAUGGUAUGUCCUCGAAAGAUAUGUGCAUGUGCUUUUGGGUAGAACUCAUUUGGAAAUAUCUGAAUCACAGCGGCAGCAUUCAGUUCCACAACAGCACCAGCAUAUACACGUUACGCCGUUUGAGUUACAUGGUUUGAAAGCGAUAGUUAUGUAUCUACAUUCAUUACCAUCAACGAAGAAGAACGUCCCCGAAUUGAUACGAGAUCCGGUCGCUCUUAUUCAUGAUGUCCGAUGUUUGGUAGAACAGCAUAGGAGCGAUAAUCCAGAAUCAGCCGUGACAGGCAACCCUGUAUUACCGCCACCGCCACCCUUGACUAUUGCAGACAGGGAACGAAUGAGAGUAACUAGAAAAGGUUUCGUAAAAAUGCAAAGGCACCAUUCGGAGAAAUCCGAGAGAGCAUUUCCUCGAAGAAGACGUACCAGGUGCAAGAAAUGUGAAGCGUGCACUAGACAGGAUUGUCGUGAAUGUGUUUAUUGCCAAGAUAUGGUGAAAUUCGGUGGUAGUGGUCGUGCCAAACAAACAUGUUUAAUGCGUCAGUGCCUAAGGCCUAUGCUACCCGUUACAUCAGCUUGUAAAGUUUGUCAAUUGGACGGCUGGAAACAACCACCGGCGCCAUUAAUGGGUAAACCUGUCCCCACGGCACCAUCUAAUUUAAUGGAGUGCUCGAUGUGCUUCGACAUUGUACACCCAGAAUGUAUAGGUUUAGAGUCAGAGGAAAUAACGGUGAAUGAUGAUUUGCCAAACAGUUGGGAGUGUCCCCAGUGUUGCGAGCGAGGUCGAAACUUAGAUUAUCGGCCGCGACCAAAGGGUCGCGCACGAAAAUUAUCAGUAUCCAGCGCAGCUUCCUCAGUACCCACCACUGAUUCCGAACGGGCUAUGACACCGAGUAAACGGUCGAGGCCUGAUCCCAGCGAGACGUGGAACGAUUCGCCUGAGGAGCCAGCUGAAGGUGAGCAGAGAAUGACUCAGCAGCGCAUUCAACUGGCUAUGCAGUUGAUCGCUUCCAGCAGUAGAUCUUUGGUGAAGGCGCACGUAGUGGUCAGGCCAGCGCCGGCACCACCACCAUCUAUUCAGGAAACGGAUGGUGAAUCGAACCAACAGAAUUCGGUAUACAAUAAAACGGCGAUACUUGCGAUAUUUCGAUUCCUCGGCAUGAAGGAUCUACUUAAUUGUGCCUUGGUCUGUCGUACCUGGGCAAGAUAUGGUAUAGAUCCCAGUCUAUGGAAGAAGAUUGAUAUGUCGCACUAUAAUCUGAGAUCCGUACACUUGACCGCUAUUAUUCGACGACAACCUGAAAGUCUUUCGCUUGACUGGACUAACGUUAAUAAAAUACAAUUAACUUGGCUGUUGAGUAGACUACCGCAGUUACGAAUGUUAUCUCUUCAAGGCUGCACUUGGGCCGAUGUACGCGCUCUGAAAAGCUGUAGCUGUCCGCCUUUAGAAACACUUAACUUGAGUUACGUUACUUCUUUAAAUGAUGCUGUACUGCAAGAAGUUCUAGACUCACCGACAGACUCAAGGCCCGGUCUUAUCGAUAAGACGUCGCGGCUGAAGCAUCUCAAAAAUCUGUCUUUAGCUGGCUGCGAUCUCACAGAUCGAGGAGUAAAAUACAUAGUUCAGCAUCUGUUGGAUCUAGAAAUCCUGGAUCUUUCUUCAAUUGGUAGACUUACUGAUUCUGGCGUAGCGCAAUUGACAUCGUUACCAAACUUGACAUCGUUAAAUCUGGCGAACUGCAAAUUACUUACCGAAACGACUCUCGAACAUUUGGCAAGAUGUAAGGCACUUAAACGCCUGGACCUCCGACACACCACCCAAGUAUCGACACAAGCUAUCAUCAAAUUUGCUGCUAAAAGCGAACACAACUUGCAUGUGACGGACGUUAAGCUGGUGGAAGAAAAAAAGAUUAAAAGCGAAUUCAUAGACACGUGAAAAAACGCGGCGCUUACAAGAAAUCUAUUGUUUAGUGCAAUCUGGUUAUCGUCGCGUAGAGAUAUCAUUCAUGGAAUUAGAGUGAUAAAAAUUAUUACGCGAUUAUUUUGCACAAGAAAAUAAGUAAGCGUCAUUACAUCAUGCGUCUUUAUGAUACAACAGAUUUGAUUAACAUAGAAUUAUUAUUCGGAAACAUUUUUAUUUAAAUGAGAUCAAACACAAAUGCGAAAA